AUGAACAACAGCCGCAGCAGCAGCAGCAGCAUCAGCAGCAGCAGCAGCAGCACCAUCACCAGCAGCAUCAGCAGCACCAUCAAUAGCAGCAUCAGCAGCACCAUCAGCAGCAGCAGCACCAUCACCAGCAGCACCAUCACCAUCACCAUCACCAUCACCAUCACCAUCAGCACCACCAGCAGCAACAGCAGCAGCAGCAGCAGCAGCAGCAGCAGCAGCAGCAGCAGCAAGCGUACUGGUCUAUGA